AUGGUGCUAUUGGUCCCCGUGUACCAUCAUAACUACCAUGAUCUAGCAACUACCAACCACUUUACAUCAAUAACAACAUCCAUCAACGAGAGUGCUGUCAACAACCCAUUGGCAAACAGACAACGACCGUCUGUUAAAGCAGCACAUGUAGUAAGCAAUCAA